AGCAGGAAGUAAACAGAAAACUCUGCGUUGGUGAAAUUCACAGGGACUUUUUGAAUUGAACGGCUGCACGAUACGAUGCGAGUGUUCACGUCCGAGUCACAGGACGGGCUGUGAAUAGAGGACCGAUGGGUGUGCGCGCGUUGUGGAUUAUUUCUCACGAGAAGGGAGACAAUGCGUCAGUACGCUUUACCAGGAGGUUUGCUACUGUGGAGCACCGUGCAAAGGGCCUGGCAGGUUCCUCAUACGUAGCAAUCCCAGAAGACGCCAGUGUGCUGCAGCUCCUGCUCACUGAGAUGGGACUUUCAGACUCGGACAAGUGCUAUGUCGCUCUCAGAGACGAUUGCCUUUACCGUCAGCGAUCACCAGCUCUGGAGCUGCACGUGGGCGGUCCUGGAAAGGGGAUACUUUGGCCGGUGUUGGCCAUCUCACACGGGCCUCUCACCCUCGUGUGCCUGCCUCUCGUGGAUGCCCCCGCUGAGCCACGGCCGCCCCUUGCCAGCCUGCUGUCCGUCUCCCAGGGCCUAACACUCUUGGCAGGUCUGCAGACUUUUCUCCUGGGCUCUGGGGGAAAGCCCGACAACGAGGUCCUGGCCUCUCGCCUGGCCGUGCUGCCAUCUGUACUCUUACAGGUUUGUCCGCUUGGCACACCCCUGGAUGUGCCGCUCUCGGGGCCACCUGCCACGUCCACGGCGCCGACUCCCGCUGGGAACCAGAAGCAGCCGGCCUGGAGGACGGGGCUCCACCGCGGCCGAGCCGUGGUGAACGUCGCGUUGAAAGAAACGGUGCGCUCCAUGCAGUAUGGCGACCGGAGCAGACAGGACCUGUGGGAUGUUUAUGGCACUGUGACGUGCAAAUGUGACGUGGAAGGCAUCCUCCCAAAUGUGACUAUGACCCUCACACUGCCACCAAAUGGUUCUCCGCUCCAGGACAUCCUGGUCCAUCCUUGUGUCACCUCACUGGAUCCUUGUAUCCUGAGUGCCAGCAGUGUCGAUCACAGUGAUGCCUCCGCUUUCUCUGGACCGUACAAGUUCCCCUUCUCUCCUCCUCUGGAGCCGUUCAGACUAUGCAGCUACACCUCUCAGGUCCCUGUUCCCCCUAUCCUCGGUUCGUAUCAACUAAGGGAAGAAGAGAACCAGCUACAUGUGUCAGUAAACCUCAAACUUCACGAGAGUGUGAAGAACAGCUUUGAGUACUGUGAGGCACACCUGCCAUUCUUUAACAGGGAUCAGAUGGGUGUUGUGGAUGUGAAGGUGAGCUCUGGACAAACGGAUGUCUCAAAGGAGCAGAACCUCCUGGUCUGGGGCCUGGGACAAAAGUUCCCUAAAUCUCGAGAGGUCACAAUGGAGGGCAAGAUCAUCUUUUCUGGGGCGACACCAGGACCCACUGACCCCCUUUGCACAGAACUUACAGCCUAUAUCAAAUUGUAUUUCAAAGUGCCUGACAUGACCCUCUCUGGAUGCUAUGUGGACCAGCAUUCAGUGCAGGUGUAUUCCUCUGCCAAAUCACGGAUUAUAACAUCCCGAGAACUUCAAUCCAAAGAGUAUUUCAUAUGGAAUUCAACUGCAACUGCUCCGGUAUCCUCUGGGCAGAUGAUGUUGUGAAUACAUUCAGAGCAGCUCAGUGGAAAUGUCUGAAAACUGUUGAGCAAGUACUGAACAGUGAUCCGCUCUAGAUGUGUGACCCCAUGCAGCAAGUUACUAUCCUGUCACUGCAGAGCUCACAAAUGAGAGCACAUGUUUAUAGUGGUCGAAAUAAUCAGUAAAUAUUAUUAGAAUCAUGUUAUAAUUUUGCUUUAAUUCAGUUCAACGAACAAUGUAACACAUUUGACAGGCAGAAGUAUUGAUUUAAAAAAAAUGUAUGGAUACUUAAAAAACAAAAACAACAACCUGUCCCUGUAGUCCAACUUAUUUCCCCCCCCCCCUCCCCAACCUUCACCCUCCCUCCCAUUUAUCCCAUUGCAGACACAAGGGCCUCCCCUCGCUCUGACAGUCCCACUUCAGUGACUCUCUAUCAGCCGGAUAAUUAGCAGCUGGGGCCUCGUCAUCAGCUGUUGUGGGCCUGGAAGAGAGGGGCGGCUGGGCUGUGAAAGGCCAGGCUGCUCCGGCCAGUGUCUUGGCUACAAAGGACUCCUCUUUUAGAGCUGGCAGGAGUCCUUGCACCCUUCACCAAUCACUCCCCCACCCCUUUUGACCCCAUCCCGCCCUGUCAACUAGUGGCUAGUUCAAACACUCGAGCUCUCCAGCCAGACCGUGAUUGAGCGCUGACCUUCUGGCCCUCUGAGACUUAACAGCAGCCGGCCCCAUUCAGAGAGAAGGACCUGCCUAAUUGGUGAAAGUCACAAGAAUGGAAAUGAUUGGGUCGUCUCGAGGUGGUGUAGAUGCUUUAAAUUAAUUAGUGUUUGACUUUAAGUAUAUUAUUGUGAUCUAUAUUGUGGCAACACAAGUGUCAUUGUAGUAUUAUAAUCAAUAUUAAAUGACUGUACACAUAUA